AUGGUACACAAUCCAACUCACAGCCAGAAACGCCAUCGUAUCGGUGGAUCGCCUAAAGCCUGCAAUCAUCUUCGAAACAUCAGAGGACACAAACAACAUACACCAUACGUCACCCACAAGAAUAGCGUCAAAUUCAAAUUCGGUUCGAGCACGCGCCGUACCUAUGUUUUGUUGCAUUUAUAUUUCUUAGCAAAAUUUAAAAUGUGGUGGAAACCUAUCGUCUUCGUAAAUAUAUUUAUAAUAAACUCAAUAAUAUCUCAAGAUGUUGGUGAAAAGUGUAUGCCAAACAAUCAGGUAUUUGAAGGUACCUGUAAAGAAGUUUCUCAAUGUGAAGCAGCCAUGCAAGCCAUAAGAAAUAAAAGAAACCACCAAUUUGGGAGAUGUGGGUUUAGUGGGUUUGAAGAAGUUGUGUGCUGUCCUCAUACCACUAAUAAGUUUGGUGACAAUAUUGAUAGAAAAACUGGUGACAAUUCUGGUGAUAACAGAACAGGAAACAAUUCGAACGAUAAGACAAGGCGAAUUGCUGAAAGAGAAUGUAGGAAAAUUGCUGCAAAUAGCAUAGCGCCAUUGGAUUUGCAUAUAUUGGGAGGUGAGGCUGCAUCACUCGGGGAAUUUCCACAUAUGGUGGCCUUAGGGUACGACCGUGGAAAUGGAGGUUUUGAGUUUGAUUGCGGAGGCUCAGUAUUAUCUAAUACUUACGUCUUGAGUGCUGCGCAUUGUGUAGAUACGUUAGACAGGAUAGAGCCCACCAUUAUACGCGCAGGGGUCGUAGAGAUCGGCGGCAAAAACUUCAACUCUGAAAGUGAUGUGAGGAUAGCCGAAAUCGUAAUAAAUCCUCGCUACACCAGAAAAGAAAAGUAUCACGACUUGGCAUUGUUAAGAUUGGAGAAACCACUGCAAUUUACCAGCACUUUGAAUGCAAUUUGUCUAGAAACAAAUGAUGAAGAUCCGACAGAACCACUGACUAUCACUGGUUGGGGGAAAGUCAACAACGCCAGGGACACAAGAAGCACCACAUUACUGAAAGCAAAUGUUACCGUAGUUCAGCGCGGCAACUGUACUGAAUCGUAUACGAAUUGGCGGAAAUUACCUUCGGGUAUUUCUCCAGAUCAAUUGUGUGCCGGAGACCCUGAAGGUAUCAGGGAUACUUGCCAAGGAGAUUCGGGCGGGCCUCUGGUGAUCACCUCUGAGGAGGGCCAGGGGAAGAACCGUCUUGUGGGAGUGACUUCAUUUGGGCGUGGCUGCGGCUCAUCCAUACCUGGUGUGUACACCCGCGUCAGCCGGUACGUGGACUGGAUAGAGAGUGUAGUCUGGCCCAACUAG